ACCAUACACAGAUGGCGCAAGACACACUUUUUCAAGACGAAUUCCCUUGCUCGACCACGAGGGGUCUUUUUCCUAUAAGUAUUGAUACUCACGAUGUCGAAUGCUGUAGCAGCAAAGCCCCAGGAGGGCAAGAAGGCCCAGGGAAAACCCAGGAAUUACGACCUGGGUAAUGGAAUUAACAGGUUCUCCAGGGCCCGUAUGUUCCAUAAAAAGGCCAUUUACAAGUUCUUGGGCAAAACUACUCCCAAAAAGGUUGUUGAGAAGAAGGCUGUUACCGUCGAGAAGCAAAUUGGUGGUGAGAAAAAUGGUCAGACCAGAACUGUUCUUUUGAAGAAGAGAAGGUCCAGCUAUCCUACAGCUGAUUUGAUCAAGAAGAGGCCUGCCAAGAAAUGCUUCUCCCAGCAUGUUCGCCAUUUGAGAGCAAGCAUUGUUCCUGGAACAAUCUUGAUCCUUCUUGCUGGUCCACACAAGGGCAAGCGUGUUGUUUUCAUGAAACAAUUAAAGAGUGGUUUACUCUUAGUUAAUGGUCCAUUCCUCAUCAAUGGAUGCCCACUCAGACGUGUCCAUCAGAACUAUGUCAUUGCCACCAGCACCAAGAUCGAUAUGAGUGGUGUAAAGCUCCCUGAAAAUCUCAAUGAUGAGUACUUCAAAAGAGUGCACGAGAAGAGAGCUAAGAAAGAAGAGGGUGACAUUUUUGCAGUUAAGAAGACAAAAUAUGUACCUUCUGCUCAAAGAAAAGUUGACCAAAAACUGGUUGACUCAAUGAUUGUUGAUGCCAUCAAAAAAUCUGGAGAAAAGAAGACAAUGUUUGCUUAUCUUGCAACUAUGUUUGGACUGCGCAGCAGCCAGUACCCUCAUAGAAUGAAGUUUUAAAUAAAUUAAUUUUAUUUUGAGAGUAAAAUUUUUUUAACAUCAA